GAAUGACAGGCGACCAUUUGCUGUCUCACUGUCAGUGCCUCUGGAGUCAAGCUGCAUCAAGAGGAGUUCUUCACAGAGCUGUUUCUAGGAUCUCUUGUUAGAUUCUUGAUUCAAAAGGUGAAAUGUCAACAAAAGUGCCAAGCAUUAAACUGAAAAUUGAUCCUCGGGAUCUGCAGAUCCAGACGUUUACAGUUGAGAAAUUAUUGGAACCAUUGAUAAUUCAGGUUACAACACUAGUGAACUGUCCACAGAAUCCUUCUAGUAAGAAAAAGGGCCGUUCCAAAAGAGCUUGUGUCUUGCUAGCUUCUGUGGAAAAAGCCACUUGGAAUCUGUUGGACAAGGGGGAAAAAAUCGCCAAGGAAGCAAUUGUGCUUAAAGAGGAACUUCAUGCAGCACUUGCUGAUGUCCAGAAAGAGAGUCAAGCCUUAAAGGUAUCAGCAGAGGCAUUUACCAGUGAUCCCUGCUAUCUGCCUAAGAGGCAGGCCGUUGUCCAAGCAGCACGAUCUUUGCUUACAGCUGUCACAAGGCUUCUAAUUCUGGCGGACAUGGUUGAUGUGGCAUACUUACUGGAACAUUUGACCGUGUUUCAAAGAACCUUCGAAUCUUUAAGAAAUGUAUCCAGUAAGUCUGAUCUACAGAAAACCUACCAGAAGUUGCAAAAAGAUCUGGAAAAUCUUGAUUAUUUGGCAUACAAACGUCAGCAGGAUUUGAAAUCUAGCAAUCAGCGAGAUGAAAUUGCUGCAGCACGUGCAUCCCUGAAGGAAAAUUCCUCUCUCCUACAUUCAAUAUGUUCAGCUUGUUUAGAACAUUCAGAUGUUGCAUCCCUUACAGCCAGCAAGGAUUCAAUUUGCAAUGAAAUACAGAAUGCUCUCAAUGUAAUUUCUAAUGCUUCCCAAGGAGUUGGCAAUAAAAUGGGACAACCAACAUCUCACACAGCUACUCUUGGAAGUGCACUUGAUGAGCUUGAGAAUUUAAUUAUCCUGGAUCCUCUUGUAGUGAAUGAAGAGAAAAUAAGGCCAUCACUAGAGAAACGUCUGGAAGCUAUUAUCAGUGGAGCGGCUUUGUUAGCUGAUUCUUCCUGCACGCGUGACUUUCAUCGAGAACGCAUCAUUGCUGAGUGCAAUGCUAUCCGGCAAGCUCUCCAAGACCUGCUUUCUGAAUACAUAAACAAUACUGACAAGAAAGAGAGAAGUAAUGCCUUGAAUGUUGCAAUAGAUAGCAUGUGCAAGAAGACAAGAGACCUCCGCAGACAGCUCCGUAAAGCCAUUAUAGAUCACAUCUCAGACUCCUUCUUAGAUACCACUGUUCCACUUCUAGUUCUCAUUGAAGCUGCUAAAAAUGGAAGAGAGAAAGAAAUAAAGGAAUAUGCUGCUAUAUUUCGAGAACAUACCAGCAGGCUUGUGGAGGUUGCUAAUCUUGCUUGUUCAUUGUCAACAAAUGAAGAUGGAAUGAAAAUUGUCCAAAUGGCAGCUAAUCACAUAGAGACUUUGUGCCCACAGGUAAUUAAUGCUGCUUUAGCUCUUGCUGCCAGACCAAAAAGUCAAGUUGUGAAAAACAACAUGGAGAUGUAUAGGAGUACAUGGGAGAAUCACAUCCAUGUUCUUACUGAAGCUGUGGAUGAUAUAACAAGUAUUGAUGAUUUUCUUGCUGUAUCAGAAAGCCAUAUUCUUGAGGAUGUAAACAAGUGUAUCAUUGCACUGAGAGAGCAAAAUGCAGACAAUUUAGAUCGUGCAGCUGGUGCAAUCCGAGGCCGUGCUUCAAGAGUAGCUCAUAUUGUUUCGGGUGAGAUGGACAAUUACGAACCAGGUGCUUACACUGAAGGAGUGAUGACAAACGUUCAGUAUUUGACCAAGAAUGUGAUUCCAGAGUUUAUUAGUCAAGUAAAUAUUGCAUUGGAGAGCUUAACCAAGAAUGCAGUGCAUCUGUUUGAUGAUAACCAGUUUGUGGACAUUUCUAAGAAGGUGUAUGAUACAAUUCAUAACAUCAGAUGCUCAGUCAUGACUAUUCGGACACCUGAGGAGCUAGAAGAUGUAUCUGACCUUGAAGAAGACCAUGAUGCACGUAGUCGUACAAGUAUUCAGACUGAAGGGAAAACGGACAGGGCCAAGAUGACUCAACUGCCAGAGGCUGAAAAGGAAAAGAUAGCUGAGCAAGUGGCUGACUUCAAAAAAGUCAAGAGUAAGCUUGAUGCAGAGAUUGAAAUAUGGGACGAUACCAGCAAUGACAUCAUUGUUUUGGCCAAGAGGAUGUGUGUGAUUAUGAUGGAGAUGACUGACUUCACAAGGGGUAGAGGACCACUGAAGAACACAUCUGAUGUAAUUAAUGCAGCAAAAAUGAUUUCAGAGUCAGGAUCAAGGAUGGAUGUCCUAGCACGGCUGAUUGCCAAUCAGUGUCCAGACCAAUCAUGCAAACAGGAUUUGUUGGCUUACCUAGAACAGAUCAAGCUGUACUCCCAUCAGCUCAAAAUCUGCAGUCAAGUUAAAGCAGAAAUUCAGAAUCUAGGUGGAGAGCUCAUCAUGUCUGCUUUGGAUAGCGUCACUUCACUAAUUCAGGCUGCCAAAAAUUUAAUGAAUGCUGUGGUGCAGACAGUGAAGAUGUCCUAUAUUGCAUCCACAAAGAUUAUCAAGAUUCAGAGUCCUACUGGCCCACGACAUCCUGUUGUGAUGUGGAGAAUGAAGGCUCCAGAGAAGAAGCCCCUAAUUAAAAGAGAGAAGCCAGAAGAAAUCUAUGCAGCUGUCAGAAAAGGUUCUGCAAAGAAGAGAAUCCAUCCUGUUCAAGUCAUGAGUGAAUUUAGAGGCAGAGAAAUAGUCUAAUAUUCUGCCACUUUUUGUGUUCCUAUCUUGAAUUUCUGAUUAUUUUCAUCUUUUUUUUCCCCUACUUAUUUAAUAUGUUAAUGUUUUGCUUUUCUCUAAAUCUGUAAGAUAACACUUGCUUGAAUUAUUUGAAAAUGCUGUUGGAUUAAUUAGAAGCACACAGUUGAAAAAAAUACCUGUUCUCUUGCACUGACAAACUAUCAUGUCUUUAUACUGGCAUGUUUUCAGCAGAGCACUUUGAGUGUAGUUGGAAAGGAGGAUGCAAUGAUGUGCCAACCUGCCCAAAGUCCCGCUGCAUUCACUAGGCUUAGGCAUUCCUUCACCAGCGAUGAAUGUGGCCAAUAGUAAACUGCAUGUAUCUUACGACAUACAGCUCUUCAAACAUUAUGCUGUUGGGCCAGAUCCUUUAUCAGCAUCAUUACACCGUGAUCAAAUCAGCUGGACUGCUUGAUGGUAGCUGAGAGCCUGGGCCCUUAACUUGUAUCUCGAUUGAAAGAUCUAAAGAUCUCCGCUCGUCCAAGGCCCAGCCUUGGAAAUGUAAGUUUGAAAAUGUUUGAUGAAACACAGAAAGUGUUCUAACAACAUAGAUGUAAUAAUGCAAUAAAAAAAGCAUUGACUGCAACACAGCAGUAAUAAUAGCUUUUCAAAAGGCCUUUUGAAACAUUAACAUUAAUCUAUGUUCUGCUUCCUACUCUAUUC